AUGUCCUUAGGUUUACUGUCGCUUGCGUCCAUUGGUCAUAUGGCUCUUGUUGCCAUUGGUACUUGGUGCAACCCUGCCAUUGGUUAUGUGGCUCCUACGGUAGAUAUUCGGUCCCUUGCGUCCAUUAGUUCUGUGGCUCCUGCUGCCAUUGAUGUUCGGUCUGUUGUGUCCAUUGGUUGUAUGACUGCUGCGACCGUUAUUGUUCAGUAUGUUGUGUCCAUUGGUUCUCUGGCUCAUGCUGCCAUUGGUUUUCGGUCGUUUGCAUCAGUUCCCCUUCUAUCUCUUUUGUCCUACUUCCUGAUGCUGCAGUACAUUUUUUACUUUUGCUUUGGUUAUUUGGAAUGA